AGCCGGUGGUGUCACUCAACAACCGUGGAGUCUUCAAAUCACUUCAAACACACCUACCACUGCACGACAGGGAAUUAAUUUUGAGUAACUGUCAAGAGGCUCGACGGUACUGCAGAUGAUCAGCCAUGGAUGAAGAUGACAACCAAGAUGAGCCGAUCAAUCGCAGCAAGGGGAAAAGGGCUGCUCAGUGGGUCAUCUCAGACUCGGAUGAUGAUGUUGAAGAGGUGUCUGAGGAGGGAGAAUCUGAUGAAGAUCAACUAGAUGGAGAAGACAAUGAGGAAGUGGAGGAGGAGGAGGAAGAAGAAGAAGGCAGUGAAGAGGAAGAUGAUGACGAAGAGGAUGAAGAUGCUAAGCCUGAGGAUGGUGCUGUAGUGGGUACCUCUGCUGAUCUUGCAGGGUUGAGCUCAGAUGAGGACUCGGAUAAAUGUCCCAUCUGCCUGAACUCAUUCAGCAGCCAGCCUGUGGCAACCCCAGAGACCUGUGAGCACUACUUCUGUCUUGACUGCAUCCUUGAAUGGGCCACGAAUGCUAACUCUUGUCCUGUAGAUCGCAUUGCUUUUAAUAGCAUAUACCUCAGGAAAUGUUAUGGAGGCAAAGUGAUGAAAAUGAUCACAGUCCAAAAGCCUGUGAAGGAAGGUCAAGAAGAAACAGUAGAUCUGGACCUGGAGCAGACCAACUGUGAAGUGUGUGGGGGCAGUGACCGUGAGGACCGCCUGUUGCUUUGUGAUGGCUGUGAUGCUGGGUAUCACAUGGAGUGUCUGACACCACCCCUUGACGCUGUUCCAGUAGAAGAGUGGUUCUGCCCCGAGUGUGAAGUCAGCAAUCGUCACUCAAGGGAUAUGGCGGAGGAAGUCGGCGAUGCAGAAAGUCUGCCCUCUACUGCCCGGGCUGCCACCAGUCGCCGCCACCACCAGAGCCGUACUCCAGGUCCCACCAGAGCUAUUGCUCGAACUCAGCAGAGUGAGAGGGUUCGAGCUAAUGUCAACAGACAUCGCAUCACCCAGGCACGCUCAUCGCAGUUGGCCCCUACAUAUCUGAUCCAGUCCUCAUGGCUAGAUGAGACUAUUAAUGCUGUGGUGGCUGGGCUCAAUACAGCAGUGUAUGUACGGGACCUAACACCUCGUGCCCCAUCAAGGCGUGUACGCAGGACUGUAAAGCGCAGAAGAGUCAAAAGCAAGAAGACGUCCUUUGCUAAGGGUAAAACUGGAAAAUCUGCAACUACUGGCGUCAAGAGGAGAAGGAGGAGAGUAAGAAGGACUAAAUCCAGAAGAAAGCUGAUGGUAAAAAAGACAGCUGGUCCUCGAGGCCGGAUUGCUAGUAAUCUUGGAAUUGUAAAAGACAAGAAGAGCUCUUCUCUUCCUACAGUUUACCGGCCCUCGGAACACACACUCAGCAAUAUGCGUGCUGACAUAGGAGCUGCUUCCCUCUCCAUCUAUGGGGAUCCAUUUGACCUGGAUCCAUUUGUUGAACGCGAGGAGAACGAGCGCCAGAUCCAUGUUACGUCACUGUUGGAGGCCAAGAGACGAGGCAUCUCUCGUUCUGCUCUUCGCUCUCACCAGCCUGUAGCUCGACCAGUUACUGCAAGCCUUUCCAGGGGAGCUAUGGAUGUCCCCCGAUCAGGUGGUGGUGGUGGUGGUGUUGUGGAGGCAGCUCCUGUGCCUGACCUGCUUGGCAGUAUCCUAUCAGGGCAGAGCAUGCUCUUGAUGGAUAGCUCUGAUGUCAUAAUUAAUCGAGAUGGUUCUCUUAAAGCUACAAAGUCAACAGUGACGCCAUCCGCAGUACAGCCAAGUAGCAGCAAAAGCAGCAGCUCAGGAGAUGCUGACGCCCAGAUCAUCCCAGAGAUGUCGCCAGUUGAAGGAGACACUUCUCUGUCUCUUCACUACAACAGAGACCUACCAGGGUCCUCCCAUAGCGCCAUUCACAGACCUUUGUCCCAGAGCACUGCUUUUUCACCUCCACAUACAUCCUCCUCAUUAGUCCACACCAAACCACCUCCAUACACUGAUUUGCCACCAAGAGGUCACCCAAGAUUGCAGCCUCCACGUCCAGUCAGACCCCCCAUCUCUUCUGGUCAUCAUGAAACCAACCAAGUGGGAUCCCCCAGAGAUAUGUUCUCCUCAUCCAUCCACCAGACCCAACCUAAAAAAGCACCUACAAAACCAAUGUGGGUAGAUGUAUCAGUACUGCCAAGGAUACCAAAAAUAAGAAGGGAGAGUAGCAGUGUCACAAAUGAUGGCACUAGUCAAGAUGGCAGCAGUAGAAUACAUGGCAGUAAGGGAAAUGGCAGUGACUCUACGUGUAGAAAUAAUGAUUAUGGCAUGCCUAACAUGGGCAUGAACAGCCUCGCUGGAGAUAAGGGUCGGCAGCAAGGUGUAGACCAGCAAAAAGGUAGAGUUGAUGGUCAAACCCCGAGACAUAGAUCUGGUGGAGCGAGCUCAUCUCCAGCCUUCUCCAACUCCUUUGCCUCCUCUUCCUCCUCCUCCUCUUCCUCUACUGACUCACCUGCUGGCCAGCCUCACUGCUCUUCCUCAUCCUCAUCCUCAGUGAGCUUCCGCAUUAACUCCAGCGGGAACUCUUGGCAGUCAAGGCGGUUAAACAUAGCAUCACCGUCUUCUGAGAGUGGGGGAAACGUGCAGGAUAUAUGGAAAAGAAGGCAAGAUGAAGCUAGAAAGAGACAAUUGCACAGGGAUAAGCAGAAGCUACUGGCAUCACGGACACCAGUCAAAAAGGAACAAGACAGUAAUAGUAUCUAUGACCCCUUUAAUCCCACUGCGUCAGAUUCAAGCAGCUCCGAUGACGAAACUGAGAGCUCAAGCCGAGAUAAGUGCUUCCGUCAAGUCAAACGCGAGGUUCCUAGUUUAGGAAACGAGCCGGAUUUAGUCCAAAAUGAGCAGGACUUGAUUCAUGUGAAAAUGGAAAUGCAGGAGACUGAGGUUUCACAGGAACAGCCAAGAAGGGCUAGGUCUUUGGAAAACAUAUCACAGGAGGUCAGGUGUGCAGAGGAGUAUGUUAAGGUUGAAAAAGAAUCAACAGAAGUCCACACUAAUGUCGAGAAACUAUCACCACUUGACAUGAUAAUUAAAAAAGAGCCAGGACUAGAUGAUACAAGGGACGCAGAAAGGUGUGGUCACGGUGUAAAUAUGUAUCCAAAUUCAGGGACACCAGAUGCCACACAGCCUGCUCAUCACAGCCUGGCUCCUGUAAAGACUGAGAGAGACACUCAAGUAGAGGAGCGUGUACAGAGUGAGGAAACGCGUGUGUCGUCCUCCACCUGUAAGAAUGAUUCAUCAGCGUCCAGCUCUGUUCACUCGAAGAAGAAACACAUGACAGAGUCUAAACCAGCUUCCAAGUCCCCGUCAAGAGAUUUGGGCCACAAGAAGAAAACCUCCAAAGCUUCAAAGGAGCAACACUCAAGCAGCUCAGCGAUGGGGAGAGGCAGGAGAGGAGAUCACCAUACCUCUGACCAGGGCAGCAGUCAGAAAGAAAAGGAUAAGGAUAAGGACAAGGAAAGGAGUUCUAGGAGGUCAAGAUCCAGAGAGAGGAGGAGAGCGCGCUCAACCUCACAAAGCUCUCUGUCUAGCUCUCCUGGUAGGGGUCACAAAAAGAGACGUCGGUCACGAUCCCGCUCCAAAGACAGGAAGCAAUCCAGGUCUGGUUCCCGUUCGAGCAGUAGAGAGCAUUCAAGGCGGAAGAAGAAUACACAAAGGAGCAAGGAGAGAAAUGAUAACAGAGAGACGGACCACAAGAAAGGAUGCAUGUCAAAGGACAAGAGACGUGGGCGGUCUCGGUCGAAGUCACGUUCCAGGUCUAGGUCUACAUCUAGAUCGAAGGACGUUAAACGUGGUCGGUCUCAUUCAAAAUCACGAUCCAGAUCCAGAUCGAAGGAAAGGAGGAAAGAUCUCACACAAAAACCAUCUCUCUCUCACAGAGACAAAGUCGGGUCACAAGGAAAAGACAAGAGAAGAUUCAGGUCUAGAUCGAGCUCAAGAGAGCGAAGGAAAGAAGAGUCCAAGAGUUCACAGAAACCUUCAGGCUCACAUGUUUCAUCCUCAAAAGACAAAACGCAGCUAAAGGACAAGAAAACAGAGAAGGAAGGCGUUCACAGUUCUGUCAAAGAGGAAAAUAUUGCAAAGGGGAAUAAACACGAGUUCCCCUCCUGUAGUUCUUCCUUCUCUAAAGUUAAAAAGGAAGGAAAAGACCUCAAGGCUGAUGUCAAACCCACAGCAGCUGACUUAACAAGAGAGGGGAAAAUUGAAAUUAAAAAAGAAAAGAAAUCGUCUCUUGAUAGGUUUGAAGAAUCUCCUAUUACUAAAUUAGUUAAAAAAGAAGAAAGUGACAUUUUUUCUUUGCCAGAAACCAAAAGCACGGAUAGGGAAGACAUAAAAGGAGACCCCAUCAAGACUCAAAUGUGUGAAAUCAAGACUGAGACUUGUGAAAUUGCAAUUAAGUCGGAGCCAAGUUCACCAAAAUUGAGCCACUCACCCUCUUUCACCUCAUUGUCUAUAUCAUCCACACCUGUUACAGCAGAGUGUCUCCAGGAUGCAGCCUCUCAAACUCACUCUGGGUUUAUGGCCUCAGAAGAACGAACGAACCCUGUAAAGCAGGAAGUUCUGCAGCCCUCAGACUCCGACGACGACGACUUCAAUGUCGACGUGAUUCUCGACAACCUGGACGAUGUGAAGUCUGAGCGCACGGACGCAGGCGACACAUUUGUCAAACAAGAGAAGGAAGUGGAGGAGGGGAAAAGUGAAGGAGCACAGGCAUUGGCUGCAGUUGGAGUCAAAUCAAAGACUCAAGUGAAGAGGGUUACGUGGAAUAUACAGGAGCCGGAGGCGUCUCAAUCAGACAAAUCUGCAAGCAAAGUGGCUCUGUAUAAAUUGAAGCGGAGGCAGGAAGGAGCUCGCAGACCUUCCUCUAUGGUCCAUACAUCCGGUCAGGAAAUGACUGGUGCGGUCGGUGAUGACCAACAUCCAGAGGGUUUGUCAGUGACUGACAAAGGCGAGGCAGAGGAGGGGGAUAAGUCGAUGAAAGACAAGCAAUAUUUGAAAAAGCUGCACAUGCAAGAGAGAGCUGUAGAGGAGGUGAAGCUAGCCAUCAAACCUUUCUAUCAGAGGAGAGACAUCAACAAGGAAGAAUACAAAGAGAUUUUACGCAAAGCCGUUCAGAAGGUGUGUCACAGCAAGAGCGGUGAGAUCAACCCUGUGAAGGUGGGCAAUCUCGUCAAAGCCUACGUGGACAAAUACAAACACGCUCGCAAAUUUAAGAAAGGAGAGGAGUCGGACAAGGCGCCAGACGCCCAAACCGAGGCCAUGAAAAUGUCCGACAGCCCGUGAGGAGGCGUGACCCGCAGGCAAGAACAGCUGCACGCACAGCAAACGUACUCGUAUGCUAGAGUCUUAUGCUGAGGCCGCGCUGGAUGUGUGCGCAGUGUGUGAUGGGCCGUGUUGUUGAUCUGCUGUACCUUUUGGUGUUUACACAGGGAGUGUGUCCUCUCUGGACCUUUAAGUUUCACAAAGGGGUUUGCCUUCAAAUUGGCCUUAAAUAAUGUACUUUCAAAUAUGCCUUUGCACUCAACUAAAUGCCAGAACUCUUUAGUAUUAAGCCGGUCGUUCAAAUACUUCACAAUAAAGGCCUUGUUGCAAAAGAGUUUUGAUUCAGGGAGCGACAACACUACAGUGCUUUUACGUUUAACAGAAAGUGUGUCGAUGACAUGAUUGACAAAUAGUCACUGUCCAUUUUGCGAUGGAAACACGGAUGCGCUGCUCACACACCCUGUGUGGACCCGCCCUCUCUGUGUCCUACUCAUGGUUAUGAUCUCACCAAUGUAAAUGAGUUGAUUUAAGAUUUCCUCACAGCUUCAGGAUGGAACCUUUACUGUAACCUCAACCUUUUUGUCUUGAUGGAAUUUCUGGAGGACAAACUUUGAUCACUUGAAAAGCCCCUGUCGCCGUCUUGUGCUUGGACAGUCACUGCCAAGAACCUUUUUUUUUUGUGUAGGAAAGCUCAGACACUUAUAGGAAACUGAGGAUGUGCCUUAAAGAGGCAAAUCUCCAAACACCCUCCAAUAGGUGGAAAACCAGGUAGCUUUCUCCACAGGCAUAUCGCAAGUGUGGAAGGAUGUGGCGUGGGUUUUUCAGUUUUCUAUGGCAUUUUUGUUAUGUGCGACAGCCGGGGUAUUUAUUAGCUUUUGUUGGUCAACAAAGAACUAAUUUUGUCAGUAAGUGGCAUACAAGUAUGCAGUGUGUGCAUAUUCUAAUAAGAAAACACUUAUGCAAUUUUAGAUUGUUUGUAAAUAAUAUAGAUUUGAUACAUCUACUUUUGUUUCUGUCUGUCACAUGACAAAUGUUUUUUUUUAUUUAAUUAAAAAGUCUCACCUGUCUUCCACAUUUCUAAUAGCUGUGCUUAAUACUUAAAAAUAGUUGGUGCAUCACAGGUGAAUUUUGGCUGAGUAGAUCAAAUAGAACAGUGGAGUCACUCUUCUUAAACGUCUGCUUUCUUUCAACAAAACUGAAUGCCAUCAUUUUUUUCAACCUUGGACUGAAAUGUAGAGAAUCAAGAAUUUGUUUUUUGUGCCAAAUUAAUAACAGUGACAAACAAAUUGCAAAAUUUCCCCGAUUGAGAUUUAAUUUGUCUGUAAGCAAUUAAGUUCCAACCACCUUUUAAUUUUGCAAAACAAAAGUUUGUCUCUGUCCAACCUGCUGUUUUCAUGUCCACAAUGAUACUUAUUAAAAUGUUAAAUAUUAA